AAUAUAUAGAAAGUCUGUUGUAACAAACUCAACUUAACUUAUCAUUACACUCUCAUUUGUUAUCUGACAGCAUCUGCUUUUUGCCCAAAUUUAACUGCCGUGGAGCCACCGGUCCGGUACGGACAUCCCAAAUCCACCACCAACCGUCCCACCGGCACCGCCAUGAGAACCACCACGAGCUACUUCUCAUCAGAGUACAUCACAAACCCCCACACCUUCAUCAAGAUCCUCGUCAUCUCAUUCCUCUCACUCUCCUUCUUCUUCGCCGUCAAACACUUCUCCUCCGACACCACCUACUCUCCGGAACUCUCUAGAACCUUCUCUUUGACCGCCGAUUCCACCACAUCCGCCGUCAACAGCUCCGCCACUCCUUUAUCACCACCGCCAACUGCAGUCUCACCUCCGCCGGUUCCUCCGAAGCCGGAAAAUGUGGUGGAGAGGACGGGAAUUGUGGACGAGAGCGGUGCCAUGACGGAAAACUUUGUGAUUGGGGAUUAUGAUGCGAGUUUGAUUGAAAAUGCGGCUAAUGAAAGUUUGGUGGAGAGAGGAGGUGAGAGCGAUGAUAAUCUGGGGAAAAUUGAGAGAUUUAGGGUUUGUGAUGAAAGUAUGAGGGAGUAUAUACCUUGUUUGGAUAAUGUGGAGGUGGUUUCUAGGUUGAGUUUGAGUGAAAAAGGGGAGAAGUAUGAGAGGCAUUGUCCUGUGAAGGGUAAAGAGUUGGAUUGUUUGGUACCUAAUCCUAAGAGAUAUAAGGAUCACAUUCCGUGGCCUCGAAGUCGAGAUGAGGUGUGGUAUGAUAAUGUACCUCAUACGCGUUUGGUUGAAGAUAAAGGAGGCCAAAACUGGAUAUCAAGAAACAAAGACAAGUUUACAUUUCCAGGAGGUGGAACACAGUUCAUACAUGGUGCCAAUCAGUACUUGGAUCAGAUCUCCAAGAUGGUUCCUGAUAUUGACUUUGGUCAACGUGUCCGAGUUGCCUUGGAUGUCGGCUGUGGUGUAGCAAGUUUUGGUGCAUUUUUACUGGACCGGAAUGUGACUACUUUAUCAGUAGCACCAAAAGAUGUUCAUGAGAAUCAGAUUCAGUUUGCUCUAGAGCGAGGUGUACCUGCCAUGGUGGCAGUAUUUGCAACGCAUCGUUUGUUAUAUCCAAGCCAAGCAUUUGAUUUGGUACAUUGCUCAAGAUGCAGAAUAAACUGGACUCGUGAUGAUGGAAUUUUGCUUCUGGAGGUGAACAGGAUGCUAAGGGCAGGAGGAUACUUUGUCUGGGCUGCGCAACCUGUUUAUAAACAUGAAAAUAAGCUUCAAGAACAGUGGAAAGAAAUGGAGAAUCUUACUGGUCGGUUAUGUUGGGAACUCAUAGCAAAAGAAGGAUAUAUCGCCAUCUGGCGUAAGCCUCAAAACAACACCUGCUACCUGGCCCGCAAUCUAGAUGUACAACCUCCAUUAUGUGACGCCAAUGAUGACCCCGAUAAUGUUUGGUAUGUCCCACUGAAGGCAUGCAUCACUCGAUUACCUGAAAAUGGUUAUGGAGCUAAUGUUACAACAUGGCCCGCACGCCUUCAUUAUCCGCCAGAUAGGCUUCAAAGUAUAAAAAUGGAUGCAUUCUUAUCCAGAAAUGAUAUCUACAAGGCAGAGUCAAAAUACUGGAAAGAUAUAACAUUCAGCUAUGUAAAUGUUUUUCGUUGGAAAACAUUAAAUGUACGAAACGUGAUGGAUAUGCGGGCUAGAUAUGGCGGAUUUGCAGCAGCAUUACAUGAUCAUGGGGUUGAUUGUUGGGUGAUGAACGUUGUUCCUAUUAGUGAUACUAAUACUUUGCCUGUAAUAUAUGACCGUGGGCUCAUAGGUGUUGUACAUGACUGGUGUGAACCAUUUGAUACAUACCCUAGAACUUAUGACAUAUUGAAUGCCGCCGGUCUUUUUUCCAAAGAGCAAAAAAGGUGUAAUAUCUCUACCAUAAUGCUCGAGAUGAAUAGAAUAUUACGACCCAACGGGCAUGUUUACAUUCGUGAUGCGAAUUCAGUCAUUUAUAAAGUUGAAGAAAUUGCAAAGGCCAUGGGAUGGAUCACGCACGUCUUCGACAAUGGCGAGGGUCCCAAUGCUGGUGCCAAGCUUUUAACAUGUGAAAAACGCCUGUAACCUUCUUCUACUUGGAGAAUAUCUAUUGAUGAAGGUAGAAUUAACCCCUAGAAAAAGGUUGAAAGUGUUGAUAAAUGGACAUUUGUGGCUGUAUUUAUUUAUUAAUUUCAAUUAUAAUUAAAUGUUAAUGAAUAUAGUUAUCAAAACAUGAAUAAAUGUUUUUCUUUUUUUUAA